AUGGCGCAGUUUUCCUGGAAAGUCAUAGAUUCCAAACCUGCUACCUUACACAGCUCUAUAGAGUCGCUUGAAAAAUGUAAUAAUGAUAUAUCAUUGUGUUUACACUCGUCAUCGCACAAAACAAGAAUACUAUCGCAACUGGAGACCUUUUUACACUCCAUCAGGGAAAUAUCCCAAGAUCCCUCCUUCAAACAAUAUAUUGAACCCCUUCCAUCCCUGGAGUUUUUAAAAACAACUUAUAACGACGAUUUUGAGGGAGUUUGGAUCAGUUGCGGAGAUAUCGUACCUCUAGAUUCACUUGGAUACCUGACUACAGGAGACUACCAGGGGCUAGUUUCCCUCAGAGUAACACUUAAAGUGCUAACUUUUAUUCCGAAACUAGACGUUAUCAUAGUAAAGACUGAAAAUCUACCAGAAAUUAAACAGGAAAACAACGAAUAUAGUUUAGUGUGUAAUGGAAGGACUGUAUCAGAGAACUCGCUUUUGACUUUACAGCUAACCAGUGUCACUGUGUUAAAAAGGAACAAAUGGCUAAACUUGUCUGCAAAAAUACAUAAUGUAACUUAG